AAGCUAAGACUACUUACUUACACUUCUCACAAACCUCUACUCCAAGCAACUUACUUACUUGCAAGAGAAAAGAGACCAAAAAAUAAUUAGAGGUUAGUUUGAGGAGUGGUGGGUGUUUGUUUUUGCUCAUUUUAGGAAUGAAAGUGCCCGUUUCCACCCCUCAAGCUUGCAACACCGUCACCGGAAAACCCAUCUCCGCCGACAACAACAACAACAACUUCAACACCACUUUCCAUUCUCCUAGUAGCAACAACAAUAGCAACAACAACAGCAACAACAACAACAAUAACAACAACUUGUGUUACGAGCCUACCUCGGUCCUUGACCUCCAACGUAGUCCUAGUAGCCCCGCGGGUGCUACCAAGACCGUUACCAGUACUCCACCACCUCAACCUCCAUCUUCAGAUACGACGAAGAAUAAUAAUAACAACGUUGAUCUGGACAAUUUAGAGGGUUGGGAUUCAAUCCUGUCUGAAUUGGGGCUUAAUGAUGAUUCAAACUCCAAUAAUCCAAAACUUUUGUUAUCCCAAAUUAGUCCUUGUGAUUCAUCUCAUCUUACACAAGUUCUCCCUGAUUUUCCAUCCUCUCAAAAUCAUUUCUCCCAAAAUCAUCCCCCUUUAGACCUACCCUCAGAUUAUGCCAACUUCUGCGAUUUCUCCUACAAUCAAAACCUCAACCCGAAUUUCGGCCCCUUCGAUCAUCAACAACAACAACAGCAACAACAACAACAACAACUUCAUCAUCAUCAUCAGACAACGGCAACUAACAACAACGUCAGCAACACGUCAUUCGGACUCGAUUUCCUAGACGAUCUCAUACGAGCAGCUCAAGCCUUCGAAUCCAACGACUCACAACAAGUACACUUGAUAUUGGCACGGCUCAAUCAACGACUCAGAUCACCCCUUGGCAAACCCCUUCAAAGAGCUGCCUUCUACUUCAAGGAAGCUCUCCAACACCUCACCACCUCUAACACCAACAAUAAUUCCUCAUCGCCUCGACCACCUCGGCUUUCCUCGUACGAGGUGGUCCAAACCAUAAGAGCUCACAAAGCAUUCUCGGGUAUUUCGCCGGUGUCCCUUUUCUCCACCUUCGCCGCCAACCAGGCCAUCCUCGAAGCCGUUGUCGAUGGAACAUCACCCUUCAUCCAUAUAAUCGAUUUCGACAUUGGUUUUGGAGGUCAUUGGGCGUCGUUCAUGCGAGAACUCGUAGACAAAGCAGCUGAUCAAACCACAGAGAUGAGUAUUUCCAUAAUAUUAAGGAUCACGGCAAUUGUUCCCGAAGAAUUUGGUAUUGAAAGCAAGCUUGUUAAGGAAAAUCUCACGCAAUUUGCACGUGAUCUUAACCUUAAUUUUCAUAUUGAUUUUGUGUUGAUACCAACUUUUGAGAUAUUGUCAUUUAAGUCUAUGAAGAUUAUGGAGGGUGAAAAGCUUGCUGUUCAUCUUUCUCCUGCGGUGUUUAACCGCUUUUCGAAUAAUUCUCGAAGCGGGAUAUCCAAGUUUCUCGGCGAUCUCCGUGGGAUAUCGCCGAGCUGUGUCGUGGUGGUUGAUAAGGAGGUUGGAAUUGACGCCGGUACCGCGUCGUUUGGACCGACUUUUCUAGCUGGGAUUGAGUUUUACACCGGGAUGAUGGAGUCGAUCGAGGUGGCCGCCGCCAGUGGGUUCGCCGGCGGCGGGUUUUCCGUCGGCGGGGAUUGCCUCAGGAGGAUUGAGACGUUCGUACUGCGGCCGAGGAUUAUUGCGGCGGUGGAAGCGGCGGCGAGGGUGGCGGCUGGGAGGCGGACAUCGUGGCGGGAGGCGUUCGUGGCGGCGGGGAUGAGAGCAGUUGGGUUUAGUCGGUUUGCUGAUUUUCAAGCAGAGUGUUUGUUAAGGAGGGCUCAGGUUGCCGGGUUCCAUGUGGCGAAACGUCAUGGGGAGAUGAUGCUGUUCUGGCAUGAUCAGCCCCUCAUUGCCACGUCAUCUUGGCGUUGUUAAGCCGGUACCGCCACGUAAAUAAUUUAGAGAGAGGGGGAAGGCGAGGGAAUAACAUGACGGUGCUAAGUUGUCACUGCCUUAUAAAAUUGGUGUGUUUUUAAUCUGAGUACUAGAACAUUCGAACUCGGAGGUAGAUGUUAGUUGUUCCUUUUGUUAAGUUGGAGAGAGGCUUAGAAUGGUUAUUAGGCCUAUCACUUACUACAUAUUAGGUCAACUAAAACACAAUAGUUCUAUAAUACAUGUAGUAGUAACACUAUGUAUUGGGGUUGGUUCAAUUCCGUUGUUCAAUUUCUGGAAACUUUUAUGUUACUCGUGAAUUUAGUGUAUCAUGACUAUCUUUUAUCAAUUUUA